AUGUCUUCCAGAAUAUUUAAAGAACGCGAAGAGGAGCGAAUCACCACUGAUUUAUUUCAAGGCCUGUUCCGAAUGUCAUUACAGCGCCAAGAUGAAAACCAAGUCGACGAGGUCUGCGAGCAAGAGCUGAGUCUUUUCGUCACCCAAAAUGAUGAUAUUCAACAGUCUAUCUGGGGUGAUAUUCUGGCACCAGAAGAUAAAGAAUUGACAGAUCCAUUCGAUUUCAGACUUUACGCAAGAUAUCCGACCGAUACAGUCGAAGCCCUCGGUGAGAGCGUGCAUCAACUUGAAUCCAUCACGAUGCCAUCCAAAAUCAUUCCUGGUUUCAGCCAGGGUGCACGACUCAACAUGCCCCUCAUACAAUAUCUCAGAGCAUGGCAUCAAGAUCACGAGGAACCUUUUCCUUUUCAUAAUCUGACCCACUGUACCAUCGAAGAUCCUGCUUGUCACUCCACGGCUGCAGGCCACAAAUUGUUCUCCACUGAAUAUUGUACAUAUGUACGUAAACAAGUAGUGGGGUUUUUCCGAGAGGAAAAUCGACGACAUCCUGAAGUCAGGAUUCCCAGAGUUAUUGCUUACACCCAGCGCACAGGACCUGACAGAUGCAGUGAUUGCAAUGCAGAGGUCAGACGAAGACGGCUAGGAAGAUUGUUGGGACAUUAG